CUGCACGCGGGUGUGGAGGUUGGCAGAGGUGGCGGAGCGAGCUGGUUUGUUUUCCCUCUGCUUUGUUUCAGAAUUCCUCCUCCUUCGGUGCCUUGCGAAACCGGACUGAGCCCACUCCGCCCUGGCACCACCGCGGCCAGUGGCCUCCGUGUCACCCCGGGAACGCUCCUGGCUGAGCGUGCUGCCACCCCCCAGGGCCUCCGCUCCGCUCCCCGUCCCCCCCUGCCACCUCAAAUGCUUGGCACCAAAGUUUCCCAACUUUCUACCUCCUCUCCUGUGCACUAACCAAGCCCUCCCGUGCCGUCCCAGGGGUGUUGCUGGAAAAGAAAUGCCUGGGGUGCCCAGGGUGCUGGCAAAAAGGGCCGGGAGGGCUGUGCCGGGGCUCUGCGGUACUUACGGAGGAGCUGGAGGAGCAGUGCGGGACCGAGGGCAGCUGCAGCCCGGGGUCACCCAGGACUGGAGGCGGCUGGUCGGGGCAGGAGAUCGCAGCCCCUCCGCCCCCAGCCCCCCCCCAGCCCUCUGUUUACACAACUGGGACAAAUUUCACACCGCAGGGACUGCUGUCCCCACACCACCAAGUCCUCUGCUCCCCUGCCCCAAAGAAUUUGUGAGUCACCGCCGAGGCAGGGCUAUAAAUGUGUCCUCACCGAGGGUCUGCAGCGUCAGAAGGGACAGUGUUGCCUGCCACCAUGCAAGCUGCUGCCUGUUGCCUGCCUCCCCACGGGCUCCGGGUGCCUGUGGCCACUGCUUGCCCAGCUCUGGGGCUGGAGCAAGGGGGAAGACCCCUUCCUCUCUGGAGACCGUGGCUGCCCCGAGCCCAGGAGGGACCCGGGAGGCGGCGGGAGCAGACGGACCCUGCUCAGACUCGGGACGCAGUGAGGGAUGGCGGCCCCGACAAAGCGCUGUCUUUCUUCAGGCACCCGGUCAGGCUCCUCUGGCCCAAGUCCAAGGCCUUUGACCACCUGUACGGCGUCGGGGAGAAGCUGCUGGAGAACUUCCCGGUGCAGGCCACCCUCUGCUUUUAUGAGGACUCGGGCAGCGAGGAGGAUGAGGAGGAGGAAGAAGAAGAGGAGGAGGAGGAGGAGGCAGGGGGUGUGACAGCGGGUCUCUUGCCGCAGGCUGGCAGCGCCGGCCCCGGCAAGCCGUUGUGAGACGGCAGGCAGGGGCAGGCGGACCCUGCUGCGAGCGGAGCGGGCACAGAC